GCUAAUGUUUAAGAUGCAUAAUGUUCGAGUUAUAUGCGUUAAACUAAAAAAAUGGUAGCUUUGAAUUACCUUCAUCCCCUUAGCACAGGUGAUAGGGGUGGGAGCUUGUGGUAUGUUUACCUACUCACUACCCUAAACAGAACUGCGUGAUCUAAAAUAUUGUCUUCCAAACUUUUUCAUCUAUACCCAUUUUUAAGCAUUCAUUGCCUAGACUAUUUCCAUUGAUUUGAUUUCAAAUUUCUCUAUAAUUGCAAGAAUACAAGUACGUAAUAAUUUGAUUUCGUUGCAAAUAAAGCAUAUAAUUUUGAUAUUCCUGCAAGCAAAAAUCUCAGUGUUUUUGUAGUUAACCAACAUUAUUGCAGUGAAAUGGUUUGCUGGCGUAUUUCCUUAUCUACUGAUGUUCUUUGCUGUGGGUUUUGUGACUUGGUACAUGAGGAGAAUGCAACGGAUUUCGGCAAUGAUAUCCAAGAUUCCAGGUCCUCCAUGUCUGCCUAUCAUUGGUAACGCUCAUCUAUUUUUGGGUCUUGAUAUGGAAGGUUUCAACAAUAUUCAGCUGGAUCUGAUAAAUACUUACGGUCCCACAGUUAGAGUUUGGCUUGGACCAUUCCUCUGGGUGAAUCUUGCUGAACCUGAACACAUCGAGGCAAUCCUAAGUAGUGAGUACGGGACAAAUAAAGAUCCUACCUACAGGUUUUUCAAAGUUCACUGUGACGGGAUAUUUGUAGCAUCAGGAGACAGAUGGCGAAAACUGAGGAAAAUGGUGAAUCCGACCUUCCAUCAAAAACUUUUGGAAAAUUUCUUGACAACAUUCAAUGAGCAGAGUGAUGUACUUGUUCAGAAAUUGGAAGAGCAAGUUGGCAAACCAACUUUUGACAUUGGUGAAUACACUGGCAAAUGCACGUUGGAUUUCUUAUGCGGUACUCUGAUGGGGGUGAAGACUGAAGAGCAGAUUGAGAACCGCUGCGAUUUUGCCAAAAACCUAGUCGAAUCGGUGACAAUAAUCAAGAAGAGGUUCUAUACUCUGCAUUACCAAUCUGACUGGAUUUUCAACUGUACUGAGCUAUCAAAGCAAUUGAAUGCCUUCGUCAAACCACUGCAUGAUUUUGUAAAACAGGUGAUUUUAGAGAGGAAAAAUAUAAAACAGUCUGAGGAUCCAAAAGACGGGUUUGUUAACGUUGAUGUCGUUCAAGGAAAGAAUAGAUCUAUAUACUUGGAUACAGUUCUUGAGCAGUUCAAACACUUGUCAAACGACGAGCUCACUUAUCUCACAACAGACUUAUUCAUUGCGGGUGCUGACACAACAAAAGUUGCUACUGCCUAUACUUUUGCACUGCUUGGAUCUAAUCCUGACAUUCAAGAGAAAGUCUAUCAGGAAGUUAAUGACGUUGUGGGCGAUGGAGAGUUCAACAUGCACAAAUUGGCCUCUCUUCCCUAUAUGGAAAUGGUUCUGAAAGAAGUGCUAAGGCUGUUCACCAUUCCUGCUAUAGUGCGGCAAUUGGAGAGAGACCAUAAUAUCGGAGACAUUACUCUUCCUGCGGGAACAUCAGUGCAAAUCUGCUUCUAUGCUGUGCAUCGUGACUCAAGGUUCUGGAGACAUCCCGAAAAAUUUCAUCCUGAUCACUUCUUACCAGAAGAAGUUGCCAAGAGACCUAGAUACUGCUAUUUACCUUUUGGCUAUGGGCCAAGAAAUUGUCCAGGAUAUGCAUUCGCUAUGCUCUCUAUGAAGACUAUGGUUGGAAGUGUCAUAAGGAAAUACAGGAUCACCUCAGACCUCAACCUCGAAAAUGCUGAAUACAACAAUAUUUUCAUGCUUGAACUUAAGAAUGGUUAUCCAGUUCAGCUGACAAAACGAUAAUGAAAUUCCUCUCAUAUUCUUUCUUCUCCCAUCGCUCUUUCCAUUAUAACUUGACUGAUACUUGCAGAUCACACAUUAUCAUGUUAAUAACAGUACUUGCAAUUCUGACAUGAGCUAUAAACUGGAACAAAGUUGAGUUGGAAUUGUCUGUAUAGAUGUGUACUGGCGUCGCUCAUCAUAUUUUCACUGUCUGAUUUUGAUCCACUAAAAUUUCAUGUAUGAACUGAAUAUCAAGGUUUGAGAAUAUAUUGAAGCCUUAAUGAUGUAUUGUAUCAUAGAAA